GUAUGUGCAUUGUCUAUUCACAUUUACAGUAUAUGCAUUUGUUUAGUAUUAAUUAUGCCUUCAUCGCAAUUUGUCGAUAAUAGUCGUAUUUCCAAAUCGCAAGAAUGUUGGUAUGUUGUUAAAGUCUUGACCUUUUUUAAUUUCAAGAUUGACGAUAGACCAGAAAGCUUUUACAUCCUUGGUGAAUUGCUGGAAGGUUCCCUAUCUCCUACGAAUAUAACCAAUCGAUAUGUUGUAAUCGAUUGUAAUGAUGUUGUCUGUCCUGUCGGUCUCGUUUCUGUUUUAAAGCCUGCUAAUGAUGAUGAUGAUGUUGAAGCGUGCUUUGUUUCAUCCUUCAAAUACGUUGUGACACCUGGCGAUGCCCUGUCUGAGAAACUGUUGAAAAAUCCAGGCAAGGUCUCUAAUCUCUUCUUGCCUUCAUAA